CUAUACGAUUUCUUCACAUUACGAUUCGAGAGACCGUUUCGCACAACUCGGGACGCUGGCAGUGGAUAUCAUAAUUCAUACCUAAUUAAUUUAUUUUAAAAAUGUAUUAAACAGAUGAUUAUUUAACUGUGGUAUUAAUAGUGUUCUAAUAUAGUAUAUUUACAUAUAUCAAUGUUAUAAAAAUGCGUUUUAAAAGAAAUUCUACGCAAAACAGUGAAGAUAAUUCCGCGGCGACUUCGAUCGAAACUUCGAACAGCUUUGGAAUUUUUGACAGCGACUGUUCAGAUUUCUCGGGAUGUCAGUGCGGGGAGGAUAUCAAGCAGACAAAAAGUUAUAGCAAAACACGAACAAAGAGUUGUGCAACUCUUUGCCUUCAAAAUGCAAUCGAUCGGGAGACGUACCCCUUGCUGCUGGGAACCAAGAACAACUACAAGACACUAAGCUCCAGUACCGAUACUUUAGGUCCAGCCGAAUUGUCAGGAAAAGAAAUUAUGGCGACUUAUCAGAAGACUUUAGAGCGAAGUGUGAAGUUUGAUAAAAAUAAACAGAGUUCCCUUGUUACUAUUUUCUCGAUAUGGAGCACUAUAAUGGGGUCAUCUCUUCUGACGAUGGCGUGGGGCGUGGAGAGAGCUGGUCUCCCGGCCGCCCUUCUCUUACUCACAGUGAUGGCUGGACUCUGUCUCUACACCGCGUACAUCCUAAUAAGAGUCAACGCACACCACGGUAGUUCUACAUGUGAGGUUCCCGCCUUGUGUCUGUUACUGCUCGGUCGCUGGUGGUCCAGAAUCGCGCACGCCUUCAGUCUCUUAGUCCUGUUGGGAGCGACCCUCGUCUAUUGGCUAUUGAUGGCCAACUUCUUAUUUUACACCGUCAAUUAUUUCAUGGAUGUUUCCACAUCAAACCAGACGACAUACGAUACCAAUCUAGUGUGUCCAAAGCACGAGGUUUUCAUGACGUCACCCCAAACCCCUCAAGACCCCUCUCCCUACUGGGGUCUACACACCACCGUGCCUGUUUAUGUCGCACUUAUAAUGUUCCCAUUGCUGUGCUUCAAAAACGUAACAUUCUUCACUCGCUUUACUUCUUUUGGUACACUGUCAGUGAUGUACCUCCUGUUGUUCGUGAUAGUUAAGGGCUGGAUGUGGGGAAUCAAUUUGAAGUCGAUAGACAUUAAAUGGGAAGGUCUCCACGGGGCGAGGAACGCGGCCGUUCUCAGCGGGAUGCUGGCCCUAUCAUUCUACAUACAUAAUAUUAUCAUAACGAUAAUGAAUAACAACGCCAGACAAGAGAAAAACGGUCGUGACUUGACGAUAGCAUUUUUGUUGGUGACUGUAACAUACACGCUCGUCGGCACGGUCUUCUUCAUCUGUUUUCCGUUGGAGAAGAACUGUAUUGAGGACAAUAUUCUCAACAAUUUUGAAAAACACGACGUUAUGACUGUGAUUGCUAGAAUGCUUCUUCUAUUUCAGGUGAUGACAGUGUACCCGCUAGUGGUGUGUCUGGUGCGCGCGGAGGCCGCUCGUCUGCACUCUCUCGCCUCAGCUCGCGGCGCCGACCUCGUCAUCAACGGGAGCGUGGUGGUGGCGUGUAUAGUCGUCGCGUGCAUUUGUCCCUACAUAGGGACCAUCAUACGUUACACGGGAGCCGUAAGCGGUCUGGUGCACGUGUUCGCGUUGCCCUCGCUACUACACAUGAGGUCGCUGCAGCUCAGAGGAAAACUAAACUCAAUUAAAAUUAUUUUUUACUUCGCCAUAAUAAUGUUCGGGACUGUUAACUUAUUGAUGCAGUUCUUUAUACCAUAGAUUAUAAAAACUCAGAAUAUGGUUAGUGUUCCAUAUUUAAAUUUUGAUUGUUAAUGUAACGGACCGCUCUGUGACGUCAUCGGUUUAAAUUAGCGUCUUGUGAAUCUAAGAAUGUUAUUGUGUCGUGAUUCACUUUAAAUGAGUCACUGCCGCAAAUAUUCUUUAAGAAAAAGAAAAAACGAUAUCUAGUCAAUAAAUAAAACGAAAAAUUUAUAUGUAUGUUUUAUUGAAAAAUAAUAUACAAAUAUAUUAAGGAACAGAAAUUACAAGAGAAAAAGUCAAAAAUGACUUCACUAGAACUUAUUAUAGUUUUUGGGUUUAAAAAUCACA